AUGGCUGCUCCUCUCAAGACUUUCCCUAUAUGCGGCGUGACAUACGUCGGACAGAUCGAGCAUGAGUACAUGCACAGCAAGAAACUGUCCGUUUGCGCAAACUGCCUGGCCCUUGGUUUUCAGAAGCCUCUGAGACGAUGCAAUGGCUGUUUGUUGGUCGACUACUGCUCCAAGGAGUGUCAAAAAGCCCACUGGCGCAAACACAAGUCAUUUUGCAACAUGGUUCAGGGCAAAGGAGAUCCCAAUGCCUAUCUCUCGUCUUAUAGCCAUGGUGAAGCCCUGCGACUCAUCAUCGAUGCCUACCGCCUCAGAGUCGAGACCGACCACCUAUCCCGAGAUGAGGACCAUGGCAUAUAUUACCCCGGGAAACCGAUCGACGGCUUAGUCUGGGCCAAGGGUGACGCCAUUGAUGACUUCCAACGAUUCCUCGAUUUGGCCGAGGGGUCGAAAAUCUUACCGAAAUGGUGGGCAUUUGAAGACCGAAUGCAGUGCCUUUCUUUGGCAAUUGACAAAAAUGAUCCCGAGUCCAUCUUCCACCCAAUCAAUCAGACUGAGCUUCCCCAACGGUAUGGGGGUGAUAUGGCAAUCCGGUUGGCGCUCGCUAUUCUUGCCGAAAUGUGCGUCGGUUACGAUGGAAAGGGAUCAGCCAAAGAUAAUGCUUGGUUCCAGGAAUUCCAGGAAUUCCUGGACCUUCAUCCAGAGGAACGAGCCCGUUUGAUCAGAGGAAGUAUCGAAAUGGUGGACUCGGUGCUGAAAGAGCAUGGAGAAGAGUUCGGACGAAAGCCGACAUGA